UCUUGUUUUUGAAGCUCACCCUCACAGACGCCCUUUCCAAUCAUGCCAAGCCAACAGAAGAAAGUAAUUUUUUGCAGCGCCGGCGCGUUAAGCUUUGCGUGUGCCCUCAGCGUUGUGACAGCCUUGGGGACACCGCUGUGGAUUAAAGCCACUUUCCUUUGCAAAACAGGUGCUCUGCUGGUCAAUGCCUCAGGGCAGGAGCUGGACAAGUUCAUGGGCGAGAUGCAGUACGGGCUUUUCUACGGAGAGGGCGUACGCCAGUGCGGCUUAGGGGACAGGCCUUUCCGCUUCUCAUUUUUUCCAGAUUUGCUCAAAGCGAUCCCAGUGAGCAUCCAUGUCAAUGUCAUUCUCUUUGCUACAAUUCUUGUUCUUUUAACCAUGGUGGGGACAGCCUUCUUCAUGUAUAAUGCAUUUGGAAAGCCCUUUGAGACAUUGCAUGGUCCACUCGGGCUGUAUCUAUUGAGCUUCAUUUCAGGUUCCUGUGGCUGUCUUGUCAUGGUAUUGUUUGCCUCCGAAGUGAAAAUCCAUCAUCUGUCAGAAAGAAUUGCAAAUUAUAAAGAAGGAACAUAUGUUUACAAAACUCAGAGUGAAAACUACACCACCUCGUUCUGGGUUGUUUUCAUUUGCUUUUUUGUUCACUUUCUGAAUGGACUCCUGAUACGACUUGCUGGAUUUCAGUUUCCUUUUGCAAACUUUAAAGACACAGAGACAACUAAUGUAGCUGCAGACCUAAUGUACUGAGAAACAAAUGCUCUCCUAAUUCCCAAAUAGGGGCGUGGACUUGUUUUUGCCA